AUGGCAAAGAAGGCUAUGGCGAUAGUGGACGAGCUGCCGGAAGGCGUGUUGAUGGACAUCUUGUCAAGAAUUCAGUCGAAAUCCCUCCUCCGAUUCAAAUCCGUCUCCAAAUACUGGUACUCUCUCAUUCAAAACCCUAGCUUCAUCUCUCUCCACCACAACCUCACACAACACUAUGACUGCAUUCUCUUUCAACCUACCGACGACGAAUGUUGCAUAUAUUUAUUCCCCAACGAAACUUCAAUCGAAGAACUAGAUAUUUCUUUCACCAGGCCGCACCUUGAGAAAUACUACCUUGGUGGCUCUUGUAACGGCCUUAUUUGUCUCUUUGAUAAGUCCACUAUCAUCAUAUGCAACCCUGCAAUGAGAGAAUUCAGGCUACUCCCUCAACCCUUUUAUGGAACAUUGCGGAUAAGUACUGAUUCAUGGAAAGAAAUUAUUGCAACGGUGCCCAAAAACUACAUCACCAAGUGUCCUUCUCCUUGCACAUCAUUGGAUGAAGUUUUCUACUGGUUAUGUGGUGAUUUGGCUACUGAUGCCAAGGUAAUUGGUGCCUUAAACACCAUUAAAGAAUCAUUUGAACAGAUAUCAUUGUCUGCUAGCAUUUGCAAAUAA